AUGCAGCACAGCACGCACAGAGACGGGAACGGGUUGAAAGGGCUCCUGAACGAUGUGAGCACGGCGCGAGGGGCGUGGAGAAGAGGGGGGGGGAGAAGCAUGUCGGUGGGCUCUGGCCUGGUCCAGGAGAGCACACACCUCGAGAUAGGAGACUACCGCCUCGUCAAGACGCUAGGGGUCGGGGCUUUCGGCAAGGUCAAACUGGCCCAGCACGUGGUGACCAACAAGAAGGUGGCCGUGAAGAUCAUCAACAAGAGCCGCAUCAAGAACCUGGACAUCAUGGACAAGGUCCGGAGAGAGAUUCACAUCCUGAGAAUGUGCAGCCACCCGCACAUCAUCCGGCUGUAUCAGGUCAUCGACACCCCCUCGGACAUCUUCGUGGUCAUGGAGUAUGUGUCGGGAGGGGAACUGUUCGACCACAUAGUGUCCGAGGGCCGCCUCGACCCCGACGAGGCUCGAUCGAUAUUCCAGCAGGUCAUCUCGGGGGUGGAGUACUGUCACUUCCAUCGCAUCGUGCACCGGGACCUCAAGCCCGAGAAUCUGUUGCUGGACGCGCACGGGAACAUCAAGAUCGCUGACUUUGGGCUGUCGAACUGGAUGCUCGACGGACAGUUCCUCCGCACGUCUUGCGGCUCGCCGAACUACGCGGCCCCCGAGGUGAUAUCGGGCACGCUCUAUGCCGGCGCCGAGGUGGACGUCUGGUCGUGCGGGGUGAUCUUGUACGCGUUGUUGUGCGGCAGCCUUCCGUUCGACGACGAGAGCAUUCCGUCUCUCUUCAAGAAGAUCAAGUCCGGCAUGUACUCGUUGCCGAGCCACCUGAGCCAGUUGGCGCGAGACCUGAUCCCUCGAAUGCUGGUCGUGGACCCCAUGAAGCGGAUCACCAUUCCGGAGAUACGCCGGCACCCGUGGUUCACCCACAAGCUGCCGGCCUACCUGUCGCGACCGCAUUUCAAGAUCGAGAAAGAGGAACGGGCGCUUGACCAGGAGGUGGUCGCGGAGGUGUGCCUGCUGAAGCUGCCGGGAGCGACGCCGGAGAAGGUGGCGAUGGCAGUGCAGAGGAGAAGCAAGCGAGCCGACAUCCGUGUGGCGUACGAGCUGCUGCUGGACAGCAAGAAGGCCAAGAUCAGGAAGGAAGACUUUGGGCUUACAGCAGGGUAA